AUGCAUUACUAUCGAAUUGCAACGCGUCUCUUCUCAAGUCAACGGGCCCUGGAUGCUGGCCGCGUCGAAUUCGUACAGGCCACCCCUGCAGACCUUCCCCAAAUUGUGGAUAUGUGUGUGGAGGGGUUCUCGGCCAUCGAGCCGCAUCUCAAGGCAUGGAAAAUCGGAAAAGAGGCUCGGCCCCUUUUUGAACUGAUUGGAGCGAAUGCCUUGAAGCAUCGCUUCUCGUACAAAUUGAUCGAGCAGGAUAGCCAAGAACUAGUUGGAUUUCGACUGUUCUCCCUUGGCCGGCGUGAUGAUCCGGAGCUGCAGCUCGACGGGAUGAAACUGCACCCAGGGCUGCCGCACAUCAACAAAUUGAUACGGCGUGAAAUUACCUUCGUCGUGCCGGAACUCCAGCGAAAGGGAAUAGCCAAUCGGCUGGCGCACCAUGGGCUCGAUUUUCCAAGUUUGAAGGCGGACGGAGUUCAAGGACUCAUUUCCGAGGCCUCAUCGCUGGCGAACCAAGAAUUAUUGAGAAAAAAGGGGUAUCGUUUGAUUGCCCAAGUGCCCCAAAGCUACUACGACCGGCACGGUAUCAAACUGCACGAUGGUACCACGACAAUCAAGGCCUAUUUUAAGGAUAUUGAAGACGUAAUUGCAGAUCUGGCAAAGAGUCAA